GCACGGCGUCGCAUUUUGGAGCGCUCGCUGCCCGUCGCACGUACGAAGCCCACGCAUCCGCGUGCGUCAGCACGUGCCGGAGCCCCCCCCCCCCCCCCCCAGCCGGAGACGGAGAGGAUGACGCGGCGGUGCUCGCACUACAGCAACAACGGCCACAACUCGCGCACCUGCCCCGCCCGCUCCGGCGGCGUCGGCGGCGGCGGAGGGGUGAGGCUGUUCGGCGUGCGGCUCACCACGGCGUCGGCGCCGGCGGCGAUGAAGAAAAGCGCCAGCAUGAGCUGCAUCGCGUCCGCACUCGGGGGCUGGUCCGGGGGCUCGUCGUCGCCGGUGGGGGGAGGAGGCGGCGGAUGGGGAGGGGGUGACGGCGGAGCCGGGUACGUGUCCGACGACCCCGCGCACGCCUCUUGCUCGACGAAUGGCCGCGCUGAGCGCAAGAAAGGUACUCCUUGGACUGAAGAAGAACAUAGAAUGUUUCUGAUGGGUCUGCAGAAGCUUGAUAAGGGAGACUGGCGAGGGAUAUCCCGAAAUUUUGUUGUUUCCAGGACCCCAACUCAAGUGGCAAGCCAUGCUCAAAAGUAUUUUAUUAGACAAACAAACUCAUCAAGACGGAAAAGGCGGUCGAGCUUGUUUGACAUGGUCCCGGAAAUGCCAAUGGAGGAGUCGCCAGCUGCUGUGGAACAAUUUGCUCUCCAAAAUACUCAAGGUGAAGCUACAAUUUCAAAUGAAUGGCCAACCUUACAUCGUGGGCAACAGAAGGAAGUAGAGUUUGCUAAGCAGCUGCCGACUCAGCUAAGCCAGCAUGAGGAUUCUGAAAAUGCAGAACCUCCAUUGCCAUUACCUGUUCCAACAGUGCCAGCAUUCUACCCAGCAUUGGUCCCUGUUCCACUAACUCUUUGGCCUCCAAGUGUUGCUCAUGUGGAGGAAGCAGGCGCAACCCAUGAAAUACUUAAACCGACUCCUUUGAAUGGUAAGGUGGUGGUUAAAGUGGAUGAUGUUGUUAGUAUGUCUAAGCUCAGCAUUGGUGAUGCUAGCUCUGGCUCCAUGGAACCCACUGCACUUUCCCUUCAGCUUAUUGGAUCGACGGAUGCAAACUUUUCAUGUCAGUCCACCGAUGAAUAGACCUGAACUAAGCAAGAGAAACAGCAGUCCAAUUCAUGCAGCUUGACAAAGCAUGGAAUAGGCGGUAGGCCCACUGGGUCAAGUCUUACAGAUUAUACUAACGGUCGCAAUACCUCAGCAUGUGAGCAUGUACUUCUGUAACAACUUCUAAGUUAUUCUAUUUCCAGCUUAUGCUCUUUGUCAUGGACAAAUGUAGGGAUACAUAUGUCAAUGAAAUCAUACCAUUAAUAUCAGAUUGUAUUGUUGCC